ACGUUUGGCCUGCUCGCUCGUGAGUUGUUUGCCUUUUUCCACCUCGUGAAUUCGUGGCCGUGUUUCGCUCGCGAAAGAAAAUCUCCGUGCGUGCGUGCGUGCGUGUGUGUGCGAAAAGAACGUUUCCCACAAUUCACCCCCAAAAGGAUUUUAAUUACUAAAUUAAGGUUGCUGAUACAUUUGAAGUGUAGUUUUUUGUUCGAUUUUCUGUUCAAUUGGUGUGUUUAACGUGGUCCGGUGGUACGGCGUGUACCAGUAGUUUGUUUUAUGCGUUUUGUGCUGAAACGGAAGAGCAAAAGCAAAGUGAAAAGAGUAUUUGAGCCUGCGUCUGUGUGUGCGUUGAGAUAACCAAUGGAAACGGAAGCGAAUGAUGCCUCACAUCCAACACCACCGGCACCGGUUGCUAAUGGGGAGGAAACGUCCACCCCAGCGCAACCGGCCCCUCCAGCAACAAACGGCGGCAGUGGUGUUGGUGUUAGUGGAUCCGGUAUACAACCCCCGAAGGUGAGAGCACUUCCGAAACCGUCGGGCAUUAGGCCACCGAGUGCCAAUUUGCACGGCGGUUCUACCACCUCGCUGGCCAGCACAAGCUCCCAUCUAACGGUGGCCUCAUCCGCUGCAACCGGUAACGCCACAAGCACAACGUCGUCCACCACCCGGAUAGGGCGGUUGUGCAUGGGGCAUACACCACCGAAAGCUGGACCACCUCCACCGGAACCAAAACUAUCUACACUCGACAGUAAAAUGAGACGACCGAGCGAUUCCGAUUACAGCAAAUCACAUCUACCAGAUGUGGACGAAGAAAGCGAAACUGAUCUAGCGUUCGAGCGGCCCGUCUCGUCCAGAUCGUCCCACUCGCCGGACUCUGGAUUUAAAAGCAAUCGCUACGACCGUAAGACUUCCAGCGCCUCCACCGGCUCCGACGUGUACUGGGAAGCCACCGGAAGACGCAGAAGCUCAGAUCAGGGUGCCGUACUGACGACGGACACCGACAGUUUUAUCAUCGGCCAGCGUGUCUGGGUCGGUGGCCUUCGCCCGGGCCAGAUUGCGUACAUCGGCGAUACACACUUUGCGCCCGGCGAAUGGGCCGGCGUGGUGCUGGACGAACCGAACGGCAAGAACGAUGGUUCGGUGGCGGGCAAACGCUACUUCCAGUGCGAAGCGAAGAAGGGUGUCUUCUCACGGUUGACCCGGCUGACACGGGAACCGCUGGCGGCCGGUGGUGGCGGUGAUUCUACCGCCUCCACACCGCUCGAUGCGAGCUUCCGGUCGCUGACGUCACCGGCCCGGUCCGGUACCGUUUCGCCAACGCACAGCGUCCAGAGCUAUGCCAGCAAAUCGCCAGCCAUGGCCGGAAAGGCAGCCUCCCUGAACGUUGGUGACCGGGUGAUCGUAUCGUCCGGGUUCGGGUCCCGGCCCGGCAUACUGAAGUUUAUCGGCGAAACGCAAUUUGCCAGCGGCACCUGGUGCGGCGUACAGCUUGAUGAAGCGAGCGGCAAGAACGACGGUACGGUGGAAGGUGUGCGAUACUUUGAGUGCCCGGCCAAGUACGGCAUAUUUGUACCGAUUGCCAAGGUCACGCUGUCACCGUCGGCUCGCAAAACGUCGGCCCGACUGUCCCGGGCCGGUUCGAAGGAGUCGCUCAACUCGAUGGCCACCAUGAGCUCGAUCGCCACCACGGCCACCUCACGGCUCCGGAUGAGCGCACAGAGGAAAUCAACGGUCAGCGCUGUGCCGUCGACACCGAAAGCUUCCUUCUCGCUUCAGGAUGUUCUACGGGAGAAACAAAACCACAUCGAGCAGCUCAUGCAGGAACGUGAAAUCGAUCGUGAAGAGACGGCAAACCAAUCGAUCAUGUACCAAAAGAACAUCCAACAGCUAAAGGAAAAGGUGUCGCUGCUGGAAAAAUCGCUAGCCGAUGAGAAGCGUCGGAACGAGGAUUUGCAGUUCAGCGUGGACGAAGCGACGUUCUGCACCGAGGAGCUAAACGGAAAAAUUCAAAAUUCUGUCAGUGCUCAAACGCAGGUGUUUAAAGAAAAGAUAGCCGAUUUAGAGGCACAGCUAGCUGUUGGAGCCUCAGUAAAGAGUGCUGAGCUUACGGGACCAUCAGAAGACUUCGUUGCUGCCAAAGCCGAACUGAAUGCCGAAAUCGAUAAGCUGAAGGCGGAAAUACUGGCCAAAGAUCAAAAGCUGCACCUCACCGAGGAGCUGAAACGAUCGCUCGAAAACGAGAUACAGAACCUGCACGAAAAGGUUGCGGAUGCGGAACGUGCCGCCGACAGCAAACUGUCCGCCCUGACGAUCAGCGAAGAAUGUCUGAAGGAGCAGAUCAACUACCUCGAGGCACGGGUGGACGAGCAGAGCAAUCAGCUGACGGCCAAGGAUGCCGAGCUGGAACAGCAGUACCUGGCGCUGAAAAAUGCCGAAAGCGAGCAGGAGGAGCGUUUGGCGGCGAUACAGGAUGAGCUACGCUCCAGGAAGGAUGUGCUUACCGAACGGGAGCAGACGUUACAGGAGCUGGAAAAGACGAUCGAGGAUCUACGCGCGGACGUGCGUCAGCGGGAUCUGAAGAUGGUGGAGCUGGAAAGUGACCUUAAGCUGAAGCUACAGGAACGCGAUACCUCGGGCAGUAAGCUGUGCGAGAAGGUGACCGAACUGGAGGCACAAAUCGCUGAGACAAGUGCUUUGAAAUCAAAGCUAGAUCAGGAACUUACCAGUGCAAAGGAGACAAUCAAGAUGCUGGAAGGAGAUCGAGAUGCGAAGGAGAAGUUGGCGCAAGAGUUGGAAAUGAAGCUGUCAUCCGUUGAGGCGUCACUGCAGGCGGAAAUCGUUUCGCGUAACGAGAAGGAAUCGCUCGUUCUGAAACUGCAGCAAGAUUUGCAGUCCUUUGCGACGGAUGUUGAAAGUAGUGCAGCUCAGCUCAGCGCCAAACAGGAGGAACUAUCCAAACAAGCUGAACAACUGCAACAGGUGGAAGCGGAAAAGGUAAAGUUACAGCAAGACCUUACCAAACUGCAGCAAACGCUGGAACAGUCACGGUCCGAGCACGAUACGUUGAUAGCGGAACUACACUCGCUAGCUGACACCGAGCGCAACGCAAUGGUGGCGCUGAGAAAACAGUUGCAAACAGCCGAACAGGAAAAUCUUGCCAAAGACAAACAGCUGGAAGAGCACGAGGUGCUCGUCGGAGCGUUGCAAAACGAACUAAAGGAGCUGAACGUUUCCAAGAACGCUUUGAACCAGGAGCUUACGGCGAUAAAGGCUAGCUUCGCGGACAAGGAUGGAACGCUGGCAAAUAUCGUGCAGGAAAAGACAGAUUUGGAAAACCGACUGGAAGCAAGUAAACAGGAAAUGGUGGCGAAAGUUAAGCAUCUCGAGGAUGAGCUUCGAACGCGGGAAGAGUCCCUGCGGAAGGAGCUGGAGGAAAAUGCAACGAUAGCGCAACAGAAGCUUACCGAAAAGGAUGGUGAGCUUUCACGGUUCGCUCAGACUGAAGCAGAGCUGCAGAAGCAACUGACGGCCGCUCGACAGCAGAUAAAGGAUGUGUCUGAUGGGAUGAAAUUGGCCGAGGAAACGAUUGCUGCCAAAGCCACGGAAGCACAAACUCUUGAGCAACAAAUCGCCUCCCUGCAGUCAGAUGUGACCUCGAAGAAUGAGCAGAUAGCUAAGCUUAAUGAGACCAUUUCGGAGAGUACUGUGCGGGAAGAGGCGGGAGGAAAGAAAUUGUCCGAAGCUCAAGAGCAGUACGGUAAGCUCGAGAUUGAGCAUGCCGAUUUACGGCGAAAAAUGGAAGCGCUGGAGCAAAAGUGCGCCCAGGUACAUCAGCAGAAGGUCGAGCUGGAGAAGGAGCUCGAUACGCAGCGCUCCAGCACGCUAGACUCGAACUCGGAGCUGGCAAAGCUUAGCGAUGAGCUGAAAGCGAAACAGCGCGCUCUAGAUGAAUUGCGUGACAAUUACGACACGCUUAAAAUCGAAUCGGAACGCCGGGCGGAUGAGAAUGCGCAAAGCAACGCGACAUUGCAGGAACAGGUCGAACGCGCACGGCAAGAGAUGCAGCAGAUAACUGACCAAAAGAUCAUUCAGGAAAAUGAGCUUAACAUGGAGCUGCGCAAGAUAAAGGAAAAUGCCGAACAGGAGCAGGAAAAUCUCGAACGCACGAUUACGGAUUUGAAGACAAGCUUCGAACAGGAACGUCAGCGGGCGGCGAACGAACUUUCCGAGCAGGUGGCAAAGAAUGGCGUACUGAGCGAAGAAUUGGCAACAUUGCGGAAAAGUUUGGAGCAAUCGUUGGAGGAACUGAAGACUCAGCUAGAAGCUGCGAGGUUGGAAGUUAAGAAGGAACAAGAACUCAAAGAAUUCGCCGUUUGUUCGGCGACAGAGCGGGAGGAUAUGCUGCAAAAGCAGCUGUACGAAAGCCAAGAAGAGUCGAAAGCACUACGCCAGCGGCUGGACGAUGUGCAGAAGUCCAUGGAGCAGGGCAGUCAUGAGCUUUCCAUCAAAAUCGACGAGAAAUCUCAGCGUAUCGUUGAGCUGGAGCAGGAACUGGGCGAAAAACGAAGCUUGCUGCAGAAACGCACGGUGGAAGUGAAGGAGAUGAUCGAGAAGCUGCAGGAAAAUGGUAAAGCUCAUGCGGAAAUGUUGCAACAGCUGCAGGAAUGCUACAGCCAGAUUGAAGCGCUGAAAAAAGCCAACCAAGAGUCUGAGCAAUCUUGCCAACAAAUUCAACAGCGUCUGCAAGAUUUGAACAGCUCCUACAGCGAGAUGGAGGAGGAGCAGGUCGAUCUCGUCAGUCGCGAGGAAACGCUCAAGAAGGAGCUAGCGCUUCUGCAGGAGCAAAUGCAACAGGCCGCCAUCGCGCACAAGGAGCAGUUCGAUGCGGUAGCAAGUAAAAAUGAAGAGCUAUUGAAACAACUGGCUUCAACGUCCAGCGCAAAGGGAGCAACGGAAACGGAGCUAAACUCGUUGAAACAACAGCUGGAAAACAAAUCUACCGAACUGGUAACGCUUCAAGCGAAGGUUGAUGAGCUGACUCCUCUACUGCAAAUCAAGGCGGAUUUGGAGAGCCGUCUACAAGCGCUAGAGCAAUCGGUUUCGGCAAAGGAUGCAUCGGUGCUGGAACUAUCGGGUGCGCUAGAGGAGCUUCGGAAGCAAACAGCGUUGAAGGAUGCCAAAAUGGCGGACAGUGAGAACGAACGAAAACAGCUCAACGAAUCCGUAGCUAGUAAGGACACGCAACUAAAGCAACUCCAGCAACAGCUUGAUGCGGUACAGAAAAGUCUCGCCGAAAGCACGGAACACGGCAAGCGUGCUUCUGGUGAAGCUGCUGAGCUGAGGGCAGCACUGGAAAAAUCUCGCUCCUCCCAAAAAGAGCAAGACGAGCGUUUGAAGGAGCAACAGCGUCGUAUCAGUGAACUGGAGACCAAGCUGGCAGCACAAACCACCCAGUUCGAUGAGCUGCUCGAUCGCAAAAAAUCCUCGGAAACAGAAUACUCCCACCGUACGCACGAGCUAACCCAGAAACUGCUAGAAAUGGAGAGUGCCAAAAAGCAGGAGAUCCAAGAGCUGCAGCAACGGCUCGCCGAACUGUUGCAGAAGGUCGAAUCGCAAGUCACCGAAACGGCCCAAACCGUCAGCAGUAAACGUGCGGUGGAAAAACGUCAGCAAGAGCUCGAGUGUGCGAAGAAGGAUUUGGAACUGCGCGAAACGGAGCUUCAGCUUGCCAACCGACGGCUCGAGAAGGAUAACGAACAUCUGCGUUCGCAGCUGAUGGUGAAGGAGAGUGAGAUUACGAAGCUAGCGAAGGCAGCCAGUGCAGCGGCAACGGCCGCCGAUACGAGCGUGCCGAACAGGAUCGGUAGCGAAAUGAAUGAAGACGAAUCGGGUGCGCAGAUCGAUUUUCUCAACUCGAUUAUUGUUGAUAUGCAGCGUAAAAAUGAGAAGCUGACCUUGCGGAUACAGGCGCUCGAAUCUACCAGCGCGGAAAGUCACAACAUGAGCUUCGACAUCCAGAAGCGUAAACCGGCACCGCGUGUAUUCUGUGACAUCUGCGAUGAGUUCGAUCUGCACGAAACGGAAGACUGCCCGAAGCAGUGUUCCGACAGUCCACCGGAAUCGCUGAAACAUCCGGCGGACGGCAAGGAGCGAAAGGUGCCACCGCCAAGGAAGUACUGCGAAAGUUGUGAAGUGUUUGGACAUGAAAUAGGAGAGUGUCCCGAUGAUGAGACGUAUUAGACGGGGCAGGGGAGCAACCUUCUUCGAAAGUCAUCCGUCGUCCUGAUUAUUAGAACGCUGGUGGCUGUUUCUUCCUUCUAUUUUAUUAGUCUAGACUAUUUCGUAGAUAAUUUUUGGAAACGAUUUUACAAGCUGCAGACCCCGUGUGUCAUGUGUUUGCUAGGCGAACGAAGGAACAACACAGUAAUUUAUUAACCACUAGAAGGCAGCUUUAGAAUUCGAGAAUGCUUUCCGUGCCGCCUUACCGAGGCCGUUUAGUAGAGGCAGAGAUUUCGUGUUUUAAAUUCUACCCAACUUUUUGUUUUGUUUUUCGCGUUCGGAUGAUGAUCUGAAAACACAUCAGCAUCAAGCUCGAGCAGUACGUUAGAUAGAAUAUCUCAAUAUUUAUAUCGAAACAAUAUAGGUCACCAUUCUUAAGCACUAAAACACGCAUUCGCACACACCACGGGCGCCCGAUACAUCCGAUCCGCCUUUCGAUGCGUCUCCGCGAACCUCCACCGGUACUGUCUGGCGGGCGAAACCGUUCCGAAAAGUCUCACCCCCUCCCCCCCUUAUUUCCGCCCUAAUCACCACCCUCCUUCUUUUCCUUCAUCGCUUCACGGAACCGCUCCUCGAACAGGGACAGCUCGGACAGCAGAUCGGUGAUGGCGUUCAUGAACGCUUCGUGAGGGGAAUAUUCCGACGUCGUUUGGAUGCGCAGUACGAACUUGUGCUCGAGCGGAUGGGGAAGUUUGUAGCCAGCGAACAACACGUUCGGAUCCUUCAGCAGUUGGCUGACGAGAAAAAGGAAAGAAAAAAAGAGGGAGGCACAAACGUAAAUCAA